AUGCAUCUGGACGUUCCAAAGAAACCUGAUACAUCCAACAAAGAACUUCAUCCUGCUGUCCUUACACUUGGACUAUAUUUUUCUGAGUUCAAGAUUGUUGGAUCUAACGCAAGAUGUGUGGCCAUGCUAAAGACAUUUGCAAAGGUUAUCGAAGACCAUCGCCCCCCGGCUGAUGCUUCAUUCUCUAGAAACAUUCAAAAACACCUUGAUCCUAAUAUUGCCUAUCUUUUGGCUACUCGCCCCAUGUCUCUUAGUAUGAGAGAAUGUAUCCGUUGGUUAAAGAAAGAAAUGUCCGAUAUUGUUGAGCAUGAUCCACCGCUUACUGAUGAAGAAUCUCGUACUCGUUUGAUUCAGCACAUCGAAGACUUCAUUCGCGACCGGAUCACUCUUGCUGAUCAAUUGAUUGUUCAAUAUGGUCUUCAAAAGAUUAAUGAUGGGGAUGUGAUCUUGACUUAUGGAAAGUCUUCGAUUGUUGAAGCCCUGUUGCUUAAGACAAAGGAAGAGGGCAUUGAGUUCAAGGUUAUUGUGGUCGAUAGUCGUCCUCUAUUUGAAGGCAAACAUCUUUUGAAGCGUCUUUCUACUGCUGGAAUAGACUGCACAUAUUAUCUUUUGUCAAGUAUAUAUGUUGCUCUUAAAUCAGUGACAAAGGUAGUAAUGGGUGCACACGCCUUGCUAAACAAUGGAGCUGUAUAUUCUCGUAUCGGUAGCGCAAUGGUUGCAAUGGCUGCUAGUGAUCGGCAGAUACCUGUUAUGAUUUGCUGUGAAACAUACAAGUUCGUCAAUCGCACUCAAGUAGAUUCACUUGUUAUGAAUGAAUUGGGUAACCCUGAUGCCCUCGUCAAUACAAAGUCCAUUACCAAUUCACAUCAUCAGAGUAAUCCUACUUCAGAAGAGUUUGCUCUGGUCAACUGGAGAGAUCAGCAUAACCUCAGACUUUUGAACAUGUUGUAUGAUGUGACUCCCUCAAAAUAUAUCACUUUGGUAGUGACUGAAGUUGGAUUAAUUCCAUGUACUUCUGCACCUGUGAUCUGGCGUGAAUACAACGAGGAGUUUGGAAAUAGAGCAGGAGCCAAAUAAAAUUACAGUGUUUAUAAUAAAAUAAAUAAAGUACAAGGAUUUGUCGAAAAGAUUAAAUACUUUAUAUAUAU